AUGGCGGCGGGCGGGAAGGCGGCCAGCGGGGCCGGCGGCGGGAAGAGGCGGCAGACUUGUUCACACAAAGCAGCUGGCAAACGGCCCUCCAAGAGGCUAAAAUUCGAAAGAACGAGUCUGGUGAAGUCAGGACUGGCAGGUUGUGUGUGUGGGAUUGAGAACCCUGCUGCCCCUAAAGCACCCGCUGAGGGCUCAACUCCAGAAGGUACAGGAGAUGACCAGGUAAUUCAGCUGGAAAAAAGUGAAAGCAUCCCAGAGACUGGUGGAGAAAAACGGAAGGAACGUGAUGUUUCUUCAAAGCCAUGUGCAGCGAAAUCAAGGAGAGCUUCUUCAAAAACAGAAAGCAGUGAGAAUCUGCCAGAUCGUGCCUGCAGGGAGGAGGGGAGCAGCUGUGAGAGCUUGCUUUUGGAAGGGACCGACUUGAAGGAUGGAGACAUCCCUAAGAAACUAAGAGAACUGGAUAACAGUGCUUUCUUGGAUGAAGACAGUAACCAGCCGAUGCCAGUGGAUCGGUUCUUUGGAAACAUUGACUUUAUGCAGGAUCAGCUAGCAGCUGUACUCCCGAGCACAGCAAUGAGCAGGAGGGAAUACAGAAGGCUGCAUUUCAUCGCCAAGGAAGAUGAGGAGGAGGACGAGGAUGCUCUCUAGCAGCAAACUGUAAAACAGAGGAAACUUUGUUUUCAGUUUUCUUUGUCUUUCUACCAGCGUGCUGGUGGUUGGCUGUAUCACUAGCAUGAUGUCAGUGUUUGCAUUUUCUUAGAGAAUGGGUAGAGUCUGCUUCUACAGAGUUGUCAGAUACAGGAUUCCCCACACUUUUUUUAGGGCAGAGUUUGACUGAAUGCUCAGAGAAUUGGACAUAAAUUGUAAUUGAUUAUUAAUCACUAGUACCUACAAAAAAGCAUGGAAAAUAUCAGCUCCUAUUGUUACAAGUCUGAACUCAUAUUUACAGCAAACACUUGGCCUAUUCUCACUUAUUUUUAAAAAAUUAUCAUCUUGGGACAGUUCUUUUCUUUCUGGGAUGUCUGCCAUUACAGCAUCUUGCUAGUAAUGCAGCCACUUGACUUGCUCACUUCAAAGAGGGACACCAGCUUCUGUUGUGCAAGUUGUCUUGCAUUGUUUGCCUUUAAAAUGCAAUUCUGCUGGCAAAACUCAAUGCACAUAUGUGAUUAUGAAUUCAGUGUUUUUAAUCUCCAGACAUUAAGUAGUGUUUUUUAUUGCUCCUCUGUUCUCUGAACAACCACGUGAAGCUCACAGCUUCCAUCUUCCACCACAUCAGCUGUGAGCACUGCCUUUUUGACAGCUCAGUAAUGCAGAUUGUUCAUUAUGUUCAAAUGACUUCCAAAGGUUAUGAACAGAAAUUCUGUAAAGAAACACAUUGGCAGUGAUAAAGGCAGAACAGAAUCUCUCAGCAGGACUUUACUGGUAGACAAACAAGUGCUGGUAGCCAAGUAGAUAUGGGUCAGCCCUUCAAAUCUGUUAUUUCUGGCCUGCAUUUUUUAGAUGAUGAUGAGCAACCUCAUGUGAUUCCAGGAAUUGCUAACUCAUCCAGCGUUCAUGAUAAUACUUUGAAAGUGUGAUUCUGCAAGAAGCUCUCAGAUAUUUAUUAUUACAAAAAUAAAGAAACUGUUUCUAAAAAUGCAGAGAAAAUAUGAUCAGCAGAUGGUUUAAAUCAAUAUUAAUUUCUACAGCUACAGUGUGUUGAACAUUCAAAAAUCUGAAGCCAAACAAAUCGUAUAUGCAUGACAUGUUAAUUUAUUCAAAUUCCCACUCCAGUUGAUGUAUUGUUUCUGUCAGUGCUAGUUCUUGGCUCCUUUUUACUCUUAAGUCUGUAACACUGAAAAAAAAUCUUCAUAUUUUAGCGUGCUCGUGGUUUUCAUCACAACUCCAUCUAAAAGCAGUUCUCCCAGCUUUCCUUAAAUGCCAUCUUACUAAUUUUUUUUCCCCUAGGCAGUAUCUUCACACACAGUGCAAAAUGGUGUUUGUAAGAAAUGUGCCACGCUGACAGCACAGUGCUUGUUGUCAGAGUCUUUAUUGCAGUCCCUUCCCCAACACCAAAACACCAGAACGUGCAUUUUCACCUCUGUUACAGUUGAUGUAUAUUCAGUGAGAUGAUCAGAAAGGCUCAAUCCAAUGGUGCUGGAGCUCCUUACUGAAAAUGCACCUGCUUAUUUUUCAUGUAGAAAUGUUUGGGAAAGGAAUUGAAUUGUUGCUUUAAUUAGCACUGUCUGUAGCAAAACUCCUGCAUUUCCAAGUCCCAGCAAGUCAGGACUCACACAGCAAUACUAUCUUAAUAACAAUCCUGUCUGAACUAGAUGAAUUUAUCUGAUAAGAAAGAGAAAGAGGUGAGAGGAAGAAAAUGGAAAUAAAAAACCAAAACCAACAACCAAAGUAAACAUCCAGAACUUUCCUUUGAGGUAAAUGAUGUUAAUGUCUGGUAAACAUCCACUACUUAAUUGAUAAGCACCUUUUCCUGUGCUAAGUCCUUCUAGUCUGCAGUGGCCAUGCUGUAUUGUACCUUACUGUUGACUACUCAUGCACCUCUACCUCCAGAUACACAGUAAGAUGGCAGUGAUUUCACUUUUAUUUUUUGAUUUAAAAAAUACUCAUCCCUGAGAGUUCAGUUGCUAUCAGCUGAUAUUUAGGAAAAAAAAAAUGUAAAAAAUGAUCUACUUGUAUUUUGUUACUGAGAGGUAGAAAGUGUUUCACAGAAGCAGUUUCUGCAGACAAACAUGAUUACUGUAUAAUAAGAUUGUAUGUGUUGCUUCAAGAAAGCUCGAUCUAGAGCAGCAAAGACUGAGGGAAAUCAGUGGGAAGAUGCCAGAGCACAAGGGUGAUAAAAGCAGAGAUGCACCACAUGCUUUCUCCUAGAAGACCUGCAUCUAUGCAACAGUGGAUUGAAUGGUCACAGACGAGUGCAGGUAUUUUCCUAGAGAAAAGCCAGCAGCUCUGCCACUGAAUCAUUUGGCCUGUCUGCAGUACAGUGCCUGUGUUCCUGGUGAAGGCACAGAAUAAUUACCCUGAAGUAUUCUUUGUUUGGCUUAACGUUCAGAGCAGUAUCAACCUGCUUUGAAUCAUUUGCAAGAAAGUUCCGUUUCUGUACCGUGCAUUUUGCACCUAGAUUUAUUACAGCAAGCAAGAAAUCAUAAGGUAUCAUCCGUGUCAGCUUCUGGCCUCUAUUCUGCACACUGCGGCUGUGAGUCAGCUUAUCACACUCAGCAGUGUCACCUAAGGUGGGAGAAUCAGGCACGGUCUGAACGCGUGCUCUGAGAUUGCAGUUCAAUUAAUGCACUGGAGGUGAUAAAGGAAGAAGUCCUUGGCAGAAGAGACUUGCUAAGUAAGGUUUUGUUUAAGAAACAGGAGCGACUUAAACAUGAUGCCAUCUUACAUGAUUUUGAAAUGGAAAAAAACAAAACCAGAAGUUGCUUCCAAAGAGAGCACUAUGCAAUCUCACGGGUUUGCUUCCUUUUUCUGUAAAUCUUAGUUUUGUCACAGCUGAGAUUGUGAUUGGUUUUCUUAUGGCAAGCAAUAUGUACAAGUUUUAGAUUAUGCAUUGUAAACAAUAGCUGAUAAAAGUACUCCCAGUUCA